AUGGCCCCACUGCCACCACCACCACCUCCAACACCGCCGCCUAAUACGAAACCACUAAUCGGUUCCAGUUCCGACCACGUAUCUAGUAGCAGAAUGCCGUUUAUUCCACCUCCAGCUCAACUUGCACCGCCAGUUUUUGAACCACCACCUCCAGGAGAAUUGAAUUUACGAGAAUCCUUCCCAACAGAGAAUACAUAUGCGAAAUACAUAAGCAGUCAUGGUGGUCACUGUAAUGCUUUCACGAGUCCGGACAAAACGUCUUAUGUGUUUGAUGUUGCACCGGAGAAUUUGAGAGGAGCUCUGGAUAUUUUCUCUCAGUUUUUCGUGUGUCCUCUUUUCACGGAUUCUGCAACAGAACGUGAGGUGAGUGCUGUACAGUCGGAACAUGAAAAGGAUAUUAGCAAUGAUACUAGACGUCUUUUUCAACUUGAACGAACCCUGUCAAAAAGUGGUCAUGAUUAUGCGAAAUUCUUCUCCGGCAAUCGCUACUCCUUAUUUGAGUCCAGUUGUGCACGAUCAGUGAAUACACGUGAACAGUUGUUACAAUUCCACUCAACAUGGUAUUCGUCAAAUAUUAUGGGACUGGUCAUUCUUGGAAAAGAAUCUAUAGACGAUUUACAGAAGCUUGCAGAAGAUAAUUUUUCUCAGGUUAUGGAUCGUAAUGUUGUGCGACCAUCAUGGUAUGACACUCCAUGGCCUGAUAUCUGUCUCAAGAAAAUGGUAUAUGUCGUCCCACUGAACGAUAUUCAUCAAAUGAAUAUUAUGUGGCCCAUUCCUGAUUAUAUUCCGAAUUAUAGAGCACAAGCCCUUAGUUAUGUGACUUAUUUGAUUGGUCACGAAAGUCAUGGAAGUUUGCUGAGUUUAUUCAAAAACUCAGGUUGGGCUUAUCAACUAACAUGUGGUGUGAAUAGACCUGGAGUAGGGAUUUGUUAUUUAAAUGUAUUCAUUGAUUUAACUUUUGAAGGACUUGAAAAAGUGAAUGAAAUUAUAACAUAUAUAUAUCAAUACAUUAAUAUGCUUCGCUCUGGUGAACCACAAAAGUGGAUAUUUAAUGAACAACAAAAAUUACGGGAACUCAACUUUCGAUUUAAAGAUGAAGAGUCACCUUAUGAAUAUGUGCUUAGAUUAUCCCACAAUCUAUUGCUUUAUAAUAUACAAGAUGUCCUAACAGGUCCCUUUUUGGCCACUGUCUACGAUCCUAAAUUAAUUAAGGAAUUUUUAACCUGUCUAAACCCUGAUAAUAGUCGCAUCUUUUUACUCAGUAAAACGUUUGCAGACAAAUGUGUGAAAGAGGAACCCUGGUAUCAUACUAAAUACCUUGCGGUUAAUAUUCCUGAAAGCACGUUGUCAGCAUGGCGAAAUUGUUCUACUAAUCCAGAAUUAAGAUUUCCGGAGCCAAAUCCAUUCAUUGCUACUGAAUUUGAUUUAGUUCCCAACAAGUCCCCCAGUAGAACUGAGAUACCGGAGUUGUUAGUCGAAACGGAGAUUUCUCGAAUUUGGUACCUUCAUGAUACAGAAUACAAUCUUCCCAAAGGUUUUAUCAAAUUUCAUAUUAUCAAUAUGUCAACAUAUUUUAGUCCUUUACAUGAAACACUUUGUGCUUUAUAUGUAAGCUUGCUUUGGGAUCAAAUUAACGAACUCAAUUACUUUGGUAAGCUUGCUGAUAUGACAGUUCAUGUGGGAUAUACUAGUAGAGGUAUCACGCUUUCGUUUUCAGGAUUUACCCAUAAAUUAAAAAGUUUUGUCAAAGAAGUUGUAACUCAACUUGUCAAUUAUUCUAAACCAAAAACUGAUCGUUUCCAGUUUAAUCUUGAGAACAUUUCUCAAAAUAUUAACAAUUUUUCAACGAAACCGGCUGAUCAGCAAGCCUGUACAUAUUUAACAAAUAUUACUUUAGAUCAUUCUUGGAUUAAUGAUGAUUUUAUUCAAGCUGUAAAAGAUAUAACUUAUGACAAGUUAGUCAGUCAUAUAAAACAGUUAUAUGGAUGCAUUUUUAUUGAAGGCCUUAUAUAUGGAAGUAUCACUGAGGAGGAUGCAAUAAAUUAUUAUGAAAUGGUUCGAGAUUUGUUAAUAAACAAUUUUGGUUCUAAACCACUUUUACAGUCCCAAGUCAAAACACCUCGAGAAGUUGUAAUGCCUGAAGGUUCCAGUUAUCUUUAUCGAAGGUAUAUUUCUGGUCAAACAAACUCUGGGAUUUAUUAUUACCUUCAGUGUGGUGAACAAUCGAUGCUUAACGAUACAUUGCUUCAUUUGUUCUAUCAGAUUGUAAGAGAACCUGCUUUUCAUAAAUUAUAUACAGAACAACAAUUAGGUUCUAUUGUACAAGCUGGAAUCCGACGAUCCAAUAAACUACAAGGUUUUCGUAUUUUAGUACAAUCAACUUAUCAUCCUAAUCAGGUUGAGAAAUCAAUCGAAGAAUUUCUACUCAAUGUAAAUAAAUUGUUAGAAGAUAUUUCUGACGAAGAAUUCAAUGUUCAUGUACAAUCUCUCUUGACACAUUUAUUAGAAAAGCCUAGAGGUAUGCAAGAUCGAUUUGAAAGUUUAUGGUCUGAAAUUGCUCGUCGACAUUAUAAUUUCAAACGGAUACAAAAUAAUUCGAAUGAUUCCUAA